AUGUACAGUGUUGACGAAGUCUUCCACAGAGAGAUCGUGUCAGAGAUGGGAGAGAUGGGGGUCUUAGGCCCAACCAUUAAAGGUUAUGGCUGUGCCGGCACCAGCUACGUGGCCUACGGUCUGAUCGCCAGAGAAGUCGAGCGAGUGGACAGCGGCUAUCGCUCGGUCAUGAGCGUGCAGUCGUCCCUGGUCAUGCACCCCAUUAACGCCUACGGCACCGAGGAGCAGAAGCAGAAGUACCUCCCCAAGCUGGGUAGGAAGGGAGAGGAAACGCCAACAACAGUGUUUAGUCAGUCAGUGCAUUUUUUCCCUCCACUCACCCCGAGGCCGGAGACUUUAGGCAGCAGGUUCUCCUCGGGAACUUCCACGUCUUCCAUGACGAUCAUGCCGGUGGCCGAGGCUCUCAGGGAGAACUUUCCCUCUAUCUUCGGCGUGGAGAGGCCCUUCAUGCCGCGCUCCAAGAUGAAGCCGCGGAUCUUUCCGUCGUCACAUUUGGCCCAGACUACCGCGAUGUCUGCCUCGGGGGAGUUGGUGAUCCUGAGGCCUCUGGAGACUUGGUUAGCUGAUCAGCUGAGUCGCAGCGACGCCAUCAGCCGGUUUGAGUCGAGCGAAGGGGGGCCGGUUCAGACCGCUGAAACCUUUCCCUGCUGCGGAUUGGUAAAAAUACAGAGUUUUAAACACACAACCCGAGGCUCACCACACCCCUUCUGCUGGUUCCAGGGUCCUUUCGGCUGCCUGAACAACGCUCGCUACGGCAUCGCCUGGGGGGCUCUGGGGGCCGCCGAGUUCUGUUUCCACGCAGCUCGACAGUACACACUCGACAGGAUCCAGUUCGGCGUGCCGCUGGCGAGGAAUCAGCUGAUGCAGAAGAAGAUGGCGGACAUGCUAACGGAGAUCACCAUCGGCCUGCAGGCCUGUCUGCAGCUGGGGAGACUAAUCGAUGCCAAGAAAGCGGCCCCGGACAUGAUCUCCAUGCUGAAGAGGAACAGCUGCGGUAAAGCCCUCGACAUCGCCCGGCAGGCCAGAGACAUGCUGGGAGGGAACGGCAUCGCAGACGAGUACCACGUCAUCCGCCACGUCCUGAACCUGGAGGCCGUCAACACAUACGAGGGCACCCAUGACAUCCACGCCCUGAUCCUGGGCCGGGCCAUCACAGGACUGCAGGCCUUCACCGUGGACAAAUAGCCCCAAAACAACCCGAACCUGCUCUCAGAAACACUAAGUCAAGGUCAUUUACAUACAUCCUCUGCAUAGUGACGGUCUCUGUUUCCAGUCAGCUUUCUAGAACAUAUAUCCGAGGGCUCCGUUGUGAGAGAA